AUGAGUUUUCAGCUGAAAAUAUGCCACUCGAUCCACGCCAGAUUUCCGUUCGCUCCUGGAACGAAACGGAAAAAGCGUUCGUCGAAAAGCUCGGGAAAAUCAAGCACGAAGAAAAAAGCUAUCAGCUGCCGCAAAGACACGAAGCUGUGGCACAAGCAGUGUUCGGAAAUUGCUAAAUGCUGCCCAUUGACCGAAGACUGUAAAGUGAACGCCAAAGAAAUAAUGGAGCAGAUCCACGACGAGCGGCGAAAGCUUAGGGAAUUAAUUGCACACUGUGAUUAG